AUGAGUUUAAGUUCAUUUAAUAAUAAGGUUAUUGAAUUAGGAAAAUCGGUCAAACGAAGUAAAGUUCGCUCAAUUAGAAAAUUAACUCGACAAAUUGAACACGAACGAAAAAAAAAUCCAAAUGAUGAACGUACAACUCGUAAGGUUAAAAGAAUGAUUGAAGAAAUUCAUCAAAUUCGAAAAUUACCUAUUAAAGAUGUAGUCUUAUUCGCCAUGGAAAAUGAAGGAACCAUUGCUGAAAUGCUACAAAAAUAUAAACCAAAUAGUGAUGAUAUAAAACAACAUGCAUUAAUACGUUUAGCAACAGAAAAAUCUCUUCAAUCAGAUAUAAUAUCUUUAAAAACCAAUGAUAAUUAUGCAAAAUCAUGGCAACAAUUACUUAUUAUGUAUCGUUCACGAUAUGAAAAACGUUUAGUAUGGAAAGAAAAAUCAGAAGAUUUUAAAAAAAUUGAGCAAGCUCUUGUUGAUCAACAAAAAGAAUUACAAGAAAUUGAACAAAGUUUACCUGAGUCAUUAAAAGUUAAAAAGAAAAAAGAGAAAACAAAGUCUCCUAUAAAACGUUCAAAACAAGCUGUUGUUUGUGUACUUGAUCUUGAAAAUAAAAUUGCUGAACCAUUUGGAAAUCAUACAAUUGAUGAAGAUGAUGACGAUAAUGAAAAGGAAGAAAAAUUAAUGGAAAAAACAGAGGAAAUAGAAAUCGAACCAAAACCAAUUUCAUCAUCAUCAACAACAACAACAACAAUUAAUGAUCCAUUUUUUUUAAAUAGUCAACAUCAAAUAACAUAUCAAAAAAGAACAAGUCGAAAUAAAAAUGAAACCGAUCUUGAUGAUAAAACAUUCAUUGAACAUUCUUAUUUUGUUAAUGCACUUUCAUCAUCAUCUAAUCGACGUGAUGGUCGUGGAGAUCUUGCAAGAAAAAAAUGGGCACAUUUAUCGCUACCAAAUCGACCACGUACAUCAAAUAAACCAUCAUCGUCAAAUGAAAAAUCCAAUGAUUUAACAAAUAAUCAUAAAUCAAAAGUGCAAGAUUCGAAUAGUACUUCACUUCAUCCAUCAUGGGAAGCAAGUCGACAAGCUAAAUCACAAUAUUGCAUUCAUAAAUCGCAAGCAAAAAAGAUCGUUUUUAAUAAUAGUGACGAUGAAAACUCUUAA